AUGGUUAAAGCUGUAGCAUUGUUGAAGGGUGACGCAGGUGUGUCUGGUACUGUUUACUUCGAGCAGAAGUCCGAAAGUGAACCUACUACCGUUUCAUGGGAAAUUUCCGGUAAUGAUGCCAACGCUGAGCGUGGGUUCCACAUUCACGAGUUUGGUGACAACACUAACGGUUGUACCUCCGCUGGUCCACAUUUCAACCCUACUGGUAAGACACACGGUGCUCGUGAGGCCGAAGUUAGACACGUUGGUGACUUGGGUAACCUCAAGACCGAUGGCAAGGGUGUCGCUAAGGGUUCUCUACAGGACUCACUGAUCAAAUUGACCGGUCCAACUUCUAUCUUGGGUAGAACCGUUGUUAUCCAUGCCGGUCAGGAUGACUUGGGUAAAGGUGGUGUCGAGGAGUCUUUGAAGACCGGUAAUGCCGGUGGAAGAAACGCCUGUGGUGUCAUUGGUAUUACCAAAUGA